CGACCUUCAGCAUCCCCCCGCCCCACCCCCUCCAACUUCUCUCUCGGUCCCUUUGUCAGGAAACCCUCGGCCCCACUUUCCCCUCCGCCGAUCGACGAGGGAUCGUUCUCCGGAGACCUCUCAUCCGGCGAAGAGAUCGUCUCCGGCGGCCGCCUGGUGGAUAUGUGUGAUUAUUGAGCGGAAUGCGCUUCUGUAUCGAUGAUGAAACGCUUUGUCUACAUCAAUGAUGAUUCAUCCCAGGAUUCUUAUUGUGACAACAGGAUAUCUAAUAGAAAAUAUACCUUGUUGAACUUUCUCCCAAAGAAUCUAUGGGAGCAAUUUAGCCGUUUCAUGAAUCAGUACUUUUUGCUGAUUGCAUGCCUUCAACUAUGGUCACUUAUUACUCCUGUAAACCCUGCAAGUACAUGGGGUCCGCUUAUCUUUAUAUUUGCGGUCUCUGCAACGAAAGAAGCCUGGGAUGACUACAACAGAUAUCUUUCUGACAAGCAAGCAAAUGAGAAAGAAGUAUGGGUUGUAAAGGAGGGCAUUCGAAAACAUAUUCAAGCACAAGACAUUCGUGUUGGUAGUAUAGUGUGGCUGCGAGAGAAUGAUGAAGUACCAUGUGAUCUGGUCUUAAUUGGAACUUCUGAACCACAAGGCAUCUGCUAUGUUGAGACAGCUGCUCUAGAUGGGGAAACUGAUUUAAAGACUAGAGUUAUUCCAUCAGCUUGCAUUGGGCUAGCACCUGAACAGUUGCACAAAAUCAAGGGUGUCAUUGAGUGCCCCAACCCUGAUAAAGACAUUAGAAGAUUUGAUGCAAAUAUGCGGCUGUUUCCCCCAUUUAUUGAUAAUGAUUUGUGCCCUUUGACCAUCAAUAACACACUUCUGCAGUCAUGCUAUUUGAGGAAUACAGAAUGGGCAUGCGGAGUAGCGGUAUAUACAGGCAAUGAAACGAAGCUGGGAAUGAGCAGGGGUGUACCAGAGCCAAAGCUUACAGCUGUAGAUGCAAUGAUUGAUAAGUUGACCGGAGCAAUAUUCUUGUUCCAAAUUGUAGUUGUUAUUGUUCUAGGGUUUUCGGGGAACAUUUGGAAGGACACUGAAGCUCGUAAGCAAUGGUACGUAAAAUAUCCUGACGAAGGACCUUGGUAUGAACUAUUGAUCAUCCCUCUGCGGUUUGAGCUUUUAUGUUCGAUCAUGAUUCCAAUAUCUAUAAAGGUUUCUCUUGAUCUUGUGAAGAGUUUAUAUGCGAAGUUCAUUGACUGGGAUGAGGAAAUGUAUGAUAAUGAUACUAAUACCCCUUCUCAUGCAGCAAACACGGCAAUUAGUGAGGAUUUGGGACAAGUUGAGUAUAUUUUGACUGAUAAAACUGGGACUCUUACGGAAAAUAGAAUGAUCUUUAGAAGAUGCUGUAUCAGUGGCAUUGUCUAUGGAAAUGAAAGCGGAGAUGCUUUGAAAGAUGUUGAACUGCUGAAUGCUGUUGCCAAAAACGUUCCUGAUGUUCUUAGAUUUCUUACAGUCAUGACAAUUUGCAACACGGUUAUUCCUAUUAGAAGCAAUAGUGGAGCAAUCUCAUAUAAAGCACAAUCUCAGGAUGAGGAUGCUCUUGUCAAUGCUGCUGCUCGCUUGCAUAUGGUUCUUAUUAGCAAAAAUGGCAAUACUAUUGGAGUCAAUUUCAAUGGCUCGGUUAUCCAAUACGAGAUAUUAGAUGUUUUAGAGUUCACUUCGGACCGGAAACGAAUGUCAGUGGUAGUCAGGGAUUGUCAAAAUGAAAAGAUUCUCCUCUUGUCCAAAGGUGCAGAUGAAGCAAUUUUCCCUUGUGCUUACCCUGGACAGCAAAUAAGGACUUUUGUUGAUGCGGUAGAGCAAUAUGCUCAACUUGGGUUACGCACACUCUGUUUGGGAUGGCGUGAGUUGAAAGAUGAUGAAUAUGAAGAGUGGUCUCAUAUGUUUAAAGAGGCUAGCACUGCAUUAUUCGACAGGGAGUGGAAGCUGGCUGAGGUUUGCCAAAGACUAGAGCAUGACCUUGAGAUUCUUGGGGUUACUGCAAUAGAGGAUCGUCUGCAGGAUGGUGUACCAGAAACUAUUGAAACACUGAGGAAAGCAGGAAUCAACUUCUGGAUGCUAACUGGCGAUAAACAAAAUACUGCCAUCCAAAUAGCACUUCUAUGUAACUUUAUUUCUUCAGAGCCUAAGGGACAACUUUUGUUCAUCAAUGGCAAAAGUGAAGAUGAAGUGGUCAGAAGCUUGGAGAGAGUGCUACUCACAAUGAGGAUAACUUCUUCUGAACCCAAGGACUUGGCAUUUGUUGUAGAUGGUUGGGCCCUUGAAGUCAUUUUGAAGCAAUAUAGAGAGGCUUUCACGGAACUAGCAAUACUUUCAAGAACAGCUAUCUGUUGCCGUGUGACACCUUCACAGAAAGCACAGCUUGUUGAGCUACUAAAAUCAUGUGAUUACCGAACUUUGGCAAUUGGUGAUGGUGGAAAUGAUGUGAGGAUGAUACAACAAGCUGACAUCGGUGUGGGCAUUAGUGGUAGGGAAGGGCUUCAAGCUGCAAGGGCAGCUGAUUAUAGCAUUGGGAAGUUCAGGUUUCUUAAAAGGUUAAUACUUGUUCAUGGGCGUUAUUCAUACAACCGCACAGCAUUUCUGUCACAAUAUUCCUUUUACAAGUCACUAGUGAUAUGUUUUAUACAAAUACUUUUUUCUUUAUUUUCAGGUGUAUCUGGAAGUAGUUUAUUCAACUCUGUUAGCCUGAUGGCUUAUAAUGUCUUCUACACAAGUAUACCAGUUUUAACGAGUGUCCUUGACAAGGAUCUCACUGAAAAAACAGUGAUGCAACAUCCACAGAUUCUAUUCUAUUGUCAAGCUGGAAGGCUCUUGAACCCAAGUACUUUUGCUGGAUGGUUUGGACGGUCAUUAUAUCAUGCUCUCGUCGUUUUCUUGAUUAGCAUUCAUGCAUAUGCCGGUGAGAAAUGUGAGAUGGAAGAGUUAUCCAUGGUUGCACUCUCUGGUUGUAUCUGGUUGCAGGCUUUUGUUGUGACGUUGGAGAUGAAUUCCUUCACAAUUUUACAACAUCUUGCCAUAUGGGGAAAUUUUGUAGCUUUCUAUGUUAUCAAUUGCAUUGUUAGUACCAUACCAUCAGCUGGGAUGUACACUAUCAUGUUCCGUCUUUGUAAGCAGCCAUCCUACUGGAUAACUAUGGUUCUCAUUGCUGCAGUAGGGAUGGGCCCGGUGCUAGCAAUCAAGUACUUCCGGUAUACAUACAGAUCGAGUGCAAUCAAUAUACUUCAGCAGGCUGAGCGAUCGCGUGGAAUAAUAUUUUCCAUGGGAACUCUUGAGUCGCAGCUGAAGUCUGUAGAGAAGGAUGUUGCUUCCUUGUCCAUAACACAGCCCAAGAAUAGGAACCCUGUGUAUGAGCCCUUGCUGCUAUCUGAUUCUCCAACUCCUACCAGAAGAUCCAUAGGAUCAUCAACAUUUGAUUUCUUCCAGCCUGCACAAUCCAGGCUGUCAACAUCUUACUCAAGAAAUUGCAAGAAUAAUUGAGUCUUGGCCAACACUGGUAAAGAUGCAGUUUUCCAUCUCUUUAUCUUCACUUCUGCGGCCGCCGUGUUUACUUGUUGCAUGGCUCUUGUGAAAUUCAUCACAUGAUAUUCAGAUGCAAAAUGAGGAAUUGUAAAUCUGGGGAGGUGUCAUAUUUCGCAUGAGACUCUUAUUCCAUAUUUUUGGGGAUCAUGCGGUGCUUUUCUAACACCGUCUAUGGUUUACCCUUCUGUUGCUAUGCUUGCUCUGCUUUAUCUGACAGGCAAGUGCAGUGCACUCUUUAAGGCCCUGCCAUGAACUGGGUGGGAUCUAAUUGGAAGGUCCUCCAUAUAGGGGAGAAGCUGUGAUCUUGUAGGAUGAAGACUUUGCUAGGGGAUCAUAAUAAUCAACAGGCGAGUGAUUGGUCCUCAUGAUGGCAAAUCUUGGUGGGCAGCUUUGAUCUCUUUUGUAUUGUUUUGAUCUGGCAUGAUGGUUCUCCCAAAAUGUAUAUCUAUUGAUUUUUCAGAUCUAUGGAAGUUUCAAUGUUGUGUAUUUUAUUGACGGUUGCAUACCACUAGCGAACAAACAUAUUUAUAAUCCACCAUAGCUCCAAAAAUUCGCUUUUAAUUUGGUUGCUUCAUGGAAAUA